AUUCUUUCUUCUUAAUUACUAUGACUUCUGAAACAUUAAUAAAUUCAUUAUUACAAGACUUAAAUAAAUUAUAUAAUGAAGCAGAUGAUUACGACGUAAUAAUAAAAGCUGGAGAAGGAUCUAAUUCAGACGAUUUUAAAGCACAUUCUAAUAUAUUACGAAUUAGGUCAACUUAUUUUAAGGCCGCUUUAUCGUCUAAUUGGACGAGGAAAGAAGGGAAUGUUACUAUUUUUAAAAAACCAAAUAUCAAAGCUGACACAUUUAAGAUCAUUUUAAAAUAUAUUUAUACCGGGAUUAUAAAUUUAGAUACAAGCAUUACAGGGAUUGGGGAGUUACUUAUUGCAGCGGAUGAAAUUAAUCUUGUAGAAUUAAUUAAUUAUAUUCAAAAUCAUAUUGUUAAAUUAAAAAAAGAAUGGUCCGAGAAAGAUAUUAUUAAAUUAUUUAAUAUUUUAUCAUGUCGUCAAGAAGUUUUUAAUACACUUUAUGUUUAUUUCAGAGAUAUUAUUAGUAAUAAUCCUGGAAGAUUUUUUAAUGAAUCUAAUUUAUUUAUAGAAUUAGAAAAUGAUGCUUUUCUUUCACUUAUUCAAAAUGAUGAUUUUGAUAUGGAAGAAAUUGAAAUUUGGAAUAAUUUAUUGAAAUGGGCUAUUUCAAAAAAUUCUACCAUUAGUUCUAAUACAACACUUUGGAAAACAGAAGAAAUGGAAGUUAUUAAGUUAACAAUUCGUGAUUUUAUUCCACAUAUUAGAUUUUUUCAAAUUUCUUCACAAAAUUAUUAUUAUAAGAUACGACCAUUAUCAGCACUUUUACCAAAAGAACUUGAUGAAGAUAUUAUUUUAAAUUUUCUUGUUCCAGAAAGUUCUCAAAAUACAAAAAUUUUACCAAGAAAAUUAAGUAGUGUUAAUAAAUAUUCUAAAAUAAUUAAAUUAGAUCAUAUUUAUCAAAUUUCUCAUUGGAUUGAUAAAAAACAAGAGAAUUAUUCAAGAGUACCACAAUAUGAAUUUAAAUUGCUUUUAAAUGGAAAUAGAGAUGGAUUUGAUGUUAAAACUUUUAAAGAAAGAUGUUAUAAUAAAGGAGCUACAAUUGUAGCAAUUAAAUUGAAAGGAAAUAAUGUCAUUGGAGGAUAUAAUCCAAUAAGUUGGAAUGGUUCAGGUAGAUAUCUUUCAACAAAUGAUAGUUUUAUUUUUUCAUUUAAUCAAUCAACUUUAAAUUCAUCAACUGUUAUACUAAGUAGAGUCAAAAAUAAAGGAAAAGCAAUAUAUGAUUGUAUUAAUAAUAGUCAUAGUUUUGGUGAAUAUGAUCUUGAAAUAUUUAAGAGAAAAUGUAGAAAUGGUGAUUAUGAAACUAAAAUUAACAUUAAUAGUAUUUCUUUUGAGUCUUUACCCAACAUUAUUCAUGUUCACGAGCGAUCAAGUUUGUUUAAUCUUUAA